AUGAAGAAACAAAGCCACUUGGACGCAGAGACAGCCACUUCAUGGGCGCCAGGGUUCAAGGAAUCCCAGGUCAAGAAGAACCAGCAGCGCGCCCUCAUGAUCCUGGAGAGCAAGAACAUUCCGUUCGUGACCAUCGACAUCACCGACCCGGGCUGCGAGGACUCCAAGGAUUACAUGACGAGAACGCGGCCCAAGGGGAACAACAAAGUGCCCAUGACGCCGCAUUUCAACGAUGCCGAGUACUGCGGGGAUUUCGAAGACCUUGACAUGGCCAACGAGACGGACACACUGGGCGAGUUCCUCAAACUCACAGACGAAGAGAAGAAGAGCAUCAAGAUCGGGAUCACGAGUCUCUUACCCGAAGAGAGAGCCAAACAACAACAACAGGAGGGGGAGAAGAUGACCAAUGGCGUGUCAGCCAGUCGAGAGGCUGAGGUGAACGAGGUACCUGCCGCCACGACUGAAUCCACCACAGAAGACGAAGGGUUGAGAGAAACAGAAGACGUCAGUGGAAAGGUGAACGAGGAACCAGCGGCGGAGGGUGUUGAUGCAGAAGUGAUCUCUGAAGAGUUGAAGGAAGAGAAAGGUGAAGAAUUGGAAGCUGCUGGUGCUGGUGAGGUUAAGGAAGAGAAAGAGAAAGAGGAGGAAGAAGGAGAAGAAGAGGAGGGAGAGGAAGGGGAGAGGAAGAGGGAGAAGAGGAAGGUGAGGCAGGAGAAGCAGACACAUCAACGAAAGUCAAAGAAGAGGAAGAGGAGGAAGCCGAAGCAUAGAGACGAUCAUAGACCUUAAGACAAAACCUACAUUAAGCCUGCCAGUCACCAAUCAGACAUGAUGAAAGGGAAAGUAGGAAAGUAGCGCUCCAUCAACGCAGCGAAACGCAACAAGAGGAGAAUCUCACCACCUGCUAUGAGAUUGAGCCCAUACCGUUUUCAACAUCUGGUUUCAUCUCUUUUUUUUUUUGUGUGUGAGAUGACUAGAUGGCGAGCAACAGAGCAUUUGGAAUACCACUGCCAACAAGUUGCUCACAGCCAACUCCUUGAAUGGUGAAGAUAAAGAAUGGAAAAAGAAAAAGAAAGAAAAUUACUGCAUUCUACGAUAGGUUAUAUAAAACUACCAACCCUUUCUCUAAUGACUUCAUUCACAAGCCCAUUUCAACCACGUUCCUAUACUUUACAUGACAAACCAUAUUGCCCGGGUGUGUCCUGGAGCCGAAAAUUGCCAACUCAGAUUAAGGAAAAAAAACAAGCCAAAAAGCGAAAGACAGACAUAACAUCAUCUCAUCAUCUUGAUAUUAUGUACACAUAUGUACUGCAUGGACUACACCUCUCUUACAAUGCUCUCUCUCAUUUUUCACUCCUUCCAGACUAAUUGUUUUGUAGAUCUGUUGUGAUCUAAUGAAGAUCCUAAACAAAUGAACUAUUUUAGCUCCUGGUAUCAUCAUCUAUAUGAAAAGCAUAUACUCUAUAUACUCAUAUGAAUCAGUAUUACUAAAUGAUAUGACUCAUCCUUAUAAUUGAUGUUAUUAUAAGUAUGUAAGUAUUUAUGAUUCAUUCAUAAAUAUUUAAAAUCCAAAGGACGUUGGCAAUGUUCAGCGAUGCAAUAAAUUGAUCAUAAAAUUUUGCUGGUUGUCUUUUCCAGCAUCUUUGCGAUGUUUUUUUUUUAUUUUGAAAAGUAUAUAUGGCCAGUGAUUGCAAAAAUGAAGAAAAGUUAAAAAAAAAAAAAAAAAAAGUUUAUAGAUGCAAGAUCCUCAAGGGAAGCAGACAAUAAAUAUAUAAGAAAGUUAAUAUGUACGUAUUUAAAUUACCAUCUCAGAUGUGUGUAGGAGUUGCAGAAAAACAAAACUUGAUAAGUGCAAUAUAUAUGACUAAUGAUAUAGAAAAGAUAACACUGCCACUACCUGUGUGUUGUGACAGGUUGUGAUGAAGUUGUACGUUUUUUCACAUGCCAGGAACCUGCCACAUUUAUAUGCAAUUGAAGUGUAUCAUGAGCAUACACACACUCACAAACACUUGCAAACACAUAAAUAAAAAUACUUGUAAACACACAAACAUACACACACAUGCUAAAACACAUAUGUAUGUCAUUGUUGUAAAAGGGAGAAAUCAUGAAAUGAUUCACACUUAUUGAAUGACAUUUAUAUGUCUUGUUUUUGUAUUUUUUCUCUUCUUUUUUUAAAACUGUCAUCGAGCUGGAGAACACAUCUCAUUUUGUUGCAUUUUUUUUUUCUUUGUUUAUUAUUAUUACAUUUUUAUUCAUAUUCUUUUCUUUCCACUUCCUCUCUCUCUCUCUUUCUUUCUCUUUUUCUUUUCUUCUUUUAUUUUUAUUAUUAUUUUUUGCUUCAUCUCUUUCCUUCCUAUUUUUAUCAAGUGAUAAUCUUUUUAUUUUUCCUUUUUUUCUUUUCUUUUUUUUAUCAGUCUUUCCUCCCAUGUAGAAUAUCAUUAAUUGCAUCCAUUGAUAUUCUCAUUAUUGAUGUUGAAGAACAUAUCAUUCAAAUUUUUCACAUGUAAAUGAUACAUUGGGAGCAAAGAUGCAUUAAAAAAACAUAAAAACAACAAAUAAUAGAAAAAAAAAAAAAGUUUUUGUUAUGCGAGUGGCUCCAAAUGUUUGUUUUUGUUCAAAUUUGUAAUGUUUUGAGAGCUUCUGCUGAAUUUUUAGUGAAGCAGGGAAGCACUUUCUCGGUUUGUAUGUGAAAUCUUUACAGAGAAGCUUUCCUGAGUUUCAGAAAAGCAGAGGAACAUUUGGUUGUAUGUGAACUAAGUGAAUGUACCUGUUUUACUUUAUAAAUAAACAUGAAAAUCAAA